UGCAUUCACUCUCUAGCAACGAAAAUUCCACCCCUACAAUCAUCACUUGGGACAUUGGGCGAUACACUGCAUAUGGUUUUUGAGGGGAUCAACUUGAGGAAAAAUGUUUUUUUUCUUUCUUCUUCUUCUUUGGUCUAACGCUCAAUGAGGGUAUUCCCAAACCUAACAGGUUCAAUUGCCCCACAAGCAGAGGCUGGACGGGAACAGAACGCGUUCACGUCGACAGUGAGAGACGCGACGCCGUUUGAUGACUGAUCGACUGAAUGUAAGACCAUCCCAGACUGCCGCUGAGCAGCUGCUAUAACAAACAUUUCAUGAGUGAGUGCUGUGUGUGUUCUCUUCGUGUUCGAGUGAGCGUGCAUUUUUAACUGAAUCGUCUUAAACGAAGACAUUAAAAAAAGCAUAUUUAAGAAAUAUACCCUGGGAUUAGCAGAUGUUACUGGAGCCGCGUAACUGAUAGGAGACAGACGUCAGCCACUUGAAAUAGAGUAUUUGAAGAGCAACUACCUCUGAAACCUUGCAUCAGACCGAGUGCACUCGUGGAAGAUGGUGUCAUCAACCAAUGAAACAGGAGGUCCUGUCUCCCACCUCAGUUGCUCCACAACUGACACUGAAUGCAUCCAAGAACUACCCUUCCAAGAGACUUUUCCGUCCAGUUCAGCAGUGACGCAGAUGAUAUUCGUGAAUCUGCUGUGUAUACUAGGGCUAAUUGGCAGUGUCUGCACUACCGUCUUUCUGGUCAACACAGCGCGGAAAGACGUCCUCAGCAGGUAUGUUGUGAGUCGUGCUGUGGCUGGGAUACUAAUAUCGCUAACUGGACCCUUUGAUGCUGCAACCAACUUAUACCGUUCCUGGUUCUUUGGUGAUGUCCUGUGCAAAUUUCGAAAUUGCUUGGUUUUUCUGGCGUACGGCAUGAACGCUGCCAUCAUGGUUGGCAUGUGCGUCAACACUUACAUCGAAGAAUGCGUAUCAACUCCCAGUCUAAAGUUGCAGUCUGCGGUUUUCAAAGUCAUUAGCAUCCUUGCCUGGUCUCUCUCCCUUAUGAUGGGUUUGUCCAUAUUUGUUAGGUCAGAGACGUUGAAAGAAGUGUUAGGGGAGAGUGUCCACUGCGUUUCUGGAUUCUUCAUGGAAAACACUACUGCCAGUCAGGCUCUUAGAAUCAUGACAGUCAUCUUUUGUUGCAUCAUACCAGUUAUAGUCAGCUGGAUCAUACUAACUCUGACCAUCUUAAAUAAAAAGAGGCAACUGUUGUUGACCAGCCAAGAGCUUGCUAGUGGCUCCCUGACUCUGCUGAGGCGUGCAAAGCAGCUAACUUUCUCCAUCACAGUGACCUUCACUGUUUUUCAGGCAAUCUACUUUUUACCGUACCUUAUCCUUGAACUGGUAGACAGUGCUGACACUAUUAGUUCGAUCAUGAAAAUGCUGCCAGUAACAGGAACUCUGCCUGCUAUCAACGUGGUCAUUGAUGCUGUUUUAUAUGCAUUCUUCAUGCAAGAUGCUUAUAAGUAUGUUAAGAAGAUGAGCUCAUCAACAGAUGAUAAUCGUAUGAUACCUCUUAUUCCUCUUGACUGAAAAACAGUCCAAAUGACAGUAUGAUCCUUUUAUUUGUUUACUUAAUAUAUUAUUUGCUUCAUCUAUGUUUGUGUGUGAAGAAAUGCUUGUCAACUAGAUGUUGUUCAACAUGUCUGUUAACUGCUUUGCUGUAGUGCUGUCUGAGAAAUUUAGCUGUGACAUAUUUGUAACCAAUAUUGAGCUGAAUGGCUUGAGUAACGCUUCGAUGCAAUACAUUACUGAAGUUUUUUGUGAUUCUUACCACCAACCAGGCACAAAUCAGUACAGCAUGUCAUAGACACGUGGCAACUUUUUGGAAACAUAUCACCAACAGCUUGAAUAUUAAUCAGUGACUCGCUGGUAGUCCAAUUCGUAAGAUUUUCUAGAAUUUGUUAGAAAUUCGUUCUUCCCUUAUGGUUGAUGACUUGUUGUUUACCUGAUCUUUUUCAUAGACACUAUGAAUUGCCUUCAUAUGUUGAUGACAUGUUUAUGACUUGUGGGCGCAGUCUUAAAGUGACAUGUUACGGAAUCACUGGGGUGAGAGUUCUCGUUUGAAGUUUUAAAUGAGAUUAAUUUGUACAUUCUUUUCAAGUACCAAGUACAACAUUUAGGGAUGUGACAUUUGUUGUACCUUAACACAAGACAGAAUUUAAAAUUUGGUGACAGAUAUCAGUAAAGAGGUAAUCUUUUUUGGGAAUUUAAAUAUACUUGAGAAAGAGAUAUUACAGCAUUUUUUUUUAAUGAAAUUGUAGUGCUCAUGGAAAAAUUGGAAGCCUAGUCUGGUUUUUCCUCCAACAGUCACUGAAAGUGGCAAUGAUCUUAGGUUCUAUAGGAUGUAUAUCAAUCCAAUUAGCAUCUAUCACUUGCUAGAAUAUAAAGGUCAAAGUAUGUUAGUCAUUAUCAAUGUAUUUCAAAUACUGAUAACUUAGAAAAGAUCAGAUGCAUAGGCUGGAAAGGGGACCUUAAUUCUCAACCUCUUUGUGUGUUUUAUGGCAAGACUGCUUAGUUUACGAAGUUGCUUAAUGAGCAAAAUAUUCCCAGUACUCGAAAACAGCCGAGUUUUCAAAACAAAUUUCCUAAUCAUUACACCUAAAUUCAUUACUCACUCGGCUGCAAGUAUGAAUUUUCCAUAUUAAAGAACUUUUUGAUUUUGUAGCCUUUAUUCUCUUAUAAAAAGUUAUCCUGUUCUCUGGAAGCGUGCUUUGUAAGUCAUUAGUCUUUUAGUACAAAAGGAAUGUUUGUAUAUUUUAAAUAAUAAAAAUUUUAAUCGAU